AGUUCCAUAUCAACAAAUAGCCGACCAUGGCGAAAACUUACGACUAUCUCUUUAAACUUUUAUUAAUCGGUGAUUCAGGCGUUGGAAAGACAUGUGUACUCUUCAGAUUUUCAGAGGACGCCUUCAACUCCACGUUUAUCUCCACAAUAGGCAUCGACUUCAAGAUCCGAACUAUUGAGUUGGAUGGGAAGAAGAUCAAGCUCCAAAUAUGGGACACAGCCGGCCAGGAACGCUUCAGGACCAUAACCACAGCCUACUACCGAGGGGCCAUGGGGAUCAUGCUGGUCUACGACAUCACGAAUGAGAAGAGCUUUGACAAUAUCAAAAACUGGAUAAGGAACAUUGAAGAGCAUGCAUCAGCAGAUGUUGAGAAAAUGGUCCUUGGCAAUAAAUGUGAUAUGAAUGACAAGAGACAAGUAUCUCGAGAACGAGGAGAGCAACUGGCCAUAGAGUAUGGGAUAAAAUUUAUGGAGACAUCAGCCAAGGCUUCCAUUAAUGUUGAAGACGCUUUUUUCACCCUUGCACGUGAUAUUAAGGCCAAGAUGGAGAAGAAAUUGGAGGCCAGCAAUCCCCCCAAGGGCGGCCACACGAUCAAGCCCAAUGAGCCCCCCCGCAAGCCCAUCAGUAGUUGGCUGGCCAAGUGCACCAUUCUAUGAUUCCAUCUUAGCUAACUAAUAACAUGAAGUGGAGAUCCCGUGGCCGUUUCUUCCCCCACCCCUCCCAUGGGCUCUCUUGCUCACUAGGGGUUGGACGGCGAAAAGUCUGAGCAGAAGUGUGCUUUUCCUGUGAUGUUGCGGACUAAUUAAGGACGGACAGUGUGGGCAGACUGUCUGAGGGAAGGGAUUAUUACCUGCCGACAGGCCUGCUGAUUAGCGUCAUGUGUUGAAUAUGCUCAGAUUUAUGGGAUGAAGUGUAACUCAAGGAGUUGGCAGAGUAGGAUGUAGGAUGUCAAAAAAAAAAAAAAAGGUUUAUACAGAGCAGGGUAAGGUUAUAU